AAGAAAGUUAAAUCAAAGAACUUUUGUUUAAAUUUUUACAUGCAUCUUCUCGUUUACUAUGUCAUUUUUCUAUCGUAAGUGACUUCUUCUCGUUCUUUAUUUAACCGCCUUCUCUCUCCGUUGUCUGUCUCUCCCUUUCUUCUUAAAAGAUGCCAUUAAUGGCUUUUUUAAGAAAAUCUCACACUUGCUAGAAGAUCACCCCUCAAGAUAUAGUCCAUUAAUUCUUUCCUAUCCUCCUUUCCUACUUGCUUCUUUAUUUGGUCUUUACUUAUUUCUCCAUAAAGAAGAUUCGUAUCCACAUGACACCUAAAUGACAAUUCAGUGUUACUCACUAUCCAAAGAUGUCCUUUUUCAGUUUUAACUUGAAGUUUUAAUGAAUUAUACAUGGAGGAACGGAAAAUGGAUGAAGUAUCGGGCUCAAAUAUCCGGGAGUCUCGACUGAAACUGUACAAAACCACUCUGUUACUUGCCUACCAGAGUUUCGGGGUUGUUUAUGGGGAUUUAUGCACAUCCCCUCUUUAUGUUUAUAAGAGUACAUUCUCUGGAAGUUUACAGCUUUAUGAGGAGGAUCAUGAGAUUUUUGGGGUACUUUCUCUAGUUUUCUGGACUUUGGCAAUCAUCCCACUUUGCAAGUACAUUAUAUUUGUGUUAGGGGCAGAUGACAAUGGUGAAGGCGGAACAUUUGCGCUCUACUCGUUACUCUGCCGACGAUCCAAGAUGGGCUUUUUAUUGAGUUCUCAUAUGGGACUUGAAUGUGUAUCUUCCCAUGAUUCUUCUCUGCCUGCCAGGGAGACAAGAACUAGCUUGAUUAUAAAAGAAUUCUUCGAAAAGCAUCAUUCUUCUCGUAUUGUGUUGCUUCUGGUUGUUCUGCUUGGAACCAGCAUGGUUAUUGGUGAUGGAAUCCUGACCCCAACAAUGUCUGUUUUAUCUGCAGUCUACGGAAUCCAAAUUAAGCUUCCAAAUUUACAUGAGAAUUAUACUGUUGUAAUCGCUUGUGUGGUAUUGGUGGGGCUUUUUGCACUUCAACAUUAUGGAACGCAUAGAGUUGGGUUUGUGUUUGCUCCAAUCUUGUUAGCUUGGCAGCUAUGUCUUGGCGGAAUUGGAAUUUACAAUAUAUUCCAUUGGAACCCUGGAGUGAUCAAUGCUCUAUCACCGCACUAUAUCUACAAAUUUUUCCAAAGAGCAGGAAAAUCUGGAUGGAGUUCAUUAGGAGGCAUUAUUCUAUGUGUUGCAGGUGCAGAAGCUAUGUUUGCUGAUCUUGGCCAUUUCUCAAAACUUUCUCUCAGGAUUGCAUUUACCGUUGUUGUCUAUCCUUGCUUGGUUCUGGCUUACAUGGGCGAAGCUGCCUAUCUCUCCAAGCACAAAGAGGAUCUUCAGAGAAGCUUUUACAAGGCUAUUCCAGAGGCUAUAUUUUGGCCAGUGUUUCUUAUUGCCACUCUUGCAACUGUGGUGGGAAGUCAAGCAAUAAUUUCAGCCACUUUCUCUAUCAUCAGUCAGUGCAGGGCAUUGGGUUGCUUCCCACGAGUAAAGAUAGUGCACACGUCAAAGAAUAUACAUGGGCAGAUAUACAUUCCAGAGGUAAAUUGGUUACUGAUGGUGUUUUGUCUCGCUGUUGUCAUUGGAUUCAGAGACACUUCCAUGAUUGGCAACGCUUACGGUCUUGCUGUCAUCAUAGUUAUGUUCGUCACAACCUUAUUGAUGUUUUUGAUCAUUAGUACAGUCUGGAAGCGAAACGUUUCGUGGGCUAUCAUAUUUGUAUUAGUCUUUGGAUCUGUGGAACUGUCCUAUCUCUCCGCAUGCCUUGCCAAAGUACACAAAGGAGGCUGGCUUCCCCUGCUAGUGUCUCUAGUGAUCUCGUCUCUAAUGUCAAUCUGGCGUUAUGGGACUUCAAAGAAACUGGCGUAUGAGCUAGACAACAAGGUUAGCUUGGACAGCCUGCUGAGUGUAGGGGCUAGCUUGGGAAUGACAAGGGUUCCUGGAAUUUGCCUAGUUUAUUCCGAUAUUACUUCUGGUGUCCCGCCAAUGUUUGCUCAUUUCAUAACCAAUUUUCCUGCAUUUCAUGAAAUUCUCAUAUUCGUCACCCUUCAGUCUUUGAUGAUACCAAAAGUACCGAUUGAUGAACGUUUCCACAUUGUGAGGAUUGGACCUCCAGAAUUCUCUCUAUUCCGGUGCAUUGUCAGGUACGGUUACAAGGAUAUCAAGGACAGCCAUGCCUUAGAAACUCAGCUGAUUGAAAUCAUAUCAGGAUUCCUCAAAUCUGAAAGACAAGGCAAAGAAAUAGCAGUCAUGGACACUAUUAGGAAGGGCGGUCGCCCAACAGAUGGCAGAAAAAAAGUGAGCUUUCAAUUACAUAAUUUGGAAGCAAAUGAGGAGAUUAAAGGACUGAUGGAGGCGAAGGAAGCAGGCGUAGCGUACAUGAUGAGCAAUACAAGUGUGAGAGCAAAUGAGGCAUCAUCUUUUGUAAAGAAGUUUGCCAUUAAUAUUGUGUAUGCGUUUCUUAGACGCAAUAGCCGGUGCCCUGCAACUGCACUUGGGAUUCCACACCCUUCAUUGAUUGAAGUGGGCAUGGUUUAUCUGGUUUAAUCACUCCAAUUAAUAUGUAUGCAUACGUAAUAAGGUACUGUUACAGGUAAAUCUUUCGCGGCGGAGGUUGUAAUCUGUAACUAAUUUAGUAGCUAUAACAACACAACAUAACUGACAGCUAAUCUGUACAUAUGUAUGUACAGGAAGAAAAUACUAUAUAUGUAUGCAUAUUUAUAUAAAUACAGAAAAAGGAAGAAGAAUUACUACA